GGAAGUGACGCGUCGACGGUGAGGAGGAGGCGAGACAGGGAGGAAGGAAAGGCUCUCCAGCUGUGGGGAGAAUGUCUGGGGGGUUGUCCGGGUCCGAGGCUGCCCCGCUCCCCCCGGACUUCGCCAAGAGGAUUUUGGUGACCGGCGGCGCGGGCUUCAUUGCAUCUCAUGUAGUGGUUUCCCUCGUAGAGAAGCAUCCAAACUAUAUGAUUAUUAAUCUUGAUAAGCUGGACUAUUGUGCAAGCUUAAAAAAUCUUGAAAGAGUUUCUGAGAGACAGAACUACAAGUUUAUCCAGGGGGAUAUCUGUGAACCCAGUUUUGUAAAAGAAUUAUUUGAGGCUGAGAAAUUUGAUAUAGUGCUACAUUUUGCAGCUCAAACACAUGUAGAUCUUUCUUUCUGGCAUAAGCUUGAAUUCAACUAUGUCAACGUUUAUGGAACUUGCAUUCUGGUUGGUGCUGCUUAUGAGGCUAAUGUGGAGAAGUUCAUAUAUGUCAGUACCGAUGAAGUUUAUGGGGGAAGCUACAACAAGGAAUUUGAUGAAUCCUCAUCUAAAAAACCGUCAAAUCCUUAUGCAGCUUCUAAGGCGGCGGCUGAAUGCAUUGUCCAGUCAUAUUGGGAAAGAUACCAGUUUCCAGUGGUUAUCACGCGGAGCAGCAAUGUUUAUGGACCCCAUCAGUUUCCAGAAAAAGUUAUUCCAAAGUUCAUUUCUCGCUUGCAGCAGAACAGAAAAUGCUGUAUUCAUGGCUCAGGACUUCAGAGAAGAAAUUUUCUUUAUGCCAGUGACGUAGUCGAAGCAUUUCUUACUGUUAUGAAGAAGGGGCAGCCAGGGGAAAUCUACAACAUUGGGACCAGCUUUGAGAUGUCGAUUGCACAACUUGCAAAGGAAUUAAUCCAUCUAAUUAAAAAUACCAGUUCUGAAGCAGAGACAGAAUAUUGGAUGGAUUAUGUUAAAGACAGGCCUACGAAUGACUUGGGAUAUCCAAUGAAUUCUGGAAAAAUGCACAGCUUGGGCUGGAGACCUAAAGUGCCUUGGAAUGAAGGAAUAAAGAAAACCAUUGAAUGGUAUCAAGAAAACUUCCACAACUGGAAGAAUGCGGAGAAAGCUUUGGAGCCUUUUCCUGUUGCUGAAGAAUCUGUAUGAUUUAGUCCGCGGCAAAGCUGUGAAGAAAAAUAAUAAUGAAGGAAAACAUUCUACCUCAAGAUCAUCACAUUAAUGAAAAACUGUACUCAAGCAGCAAAAUGGGAUUGUAUUCAUGGAAUGUCAACUAUCAAUAAUAUCAAGAAAGACAAUGGAGUACAAUUUUACAGUAUGGGCUGUAAGGGCUAACGCCUUUUAAUCAGCAUUCCAGUGCAAUAUUGAAGCUUUAAUAUUUUUCUAUAAAAAUAAUAAUUGAAUUGGAGCAAUUUUUAUUAAAUAAUGCACUUUUUAAUACAACUGUUUUGCAUUUUAAUUAUUUAUUAAUGUAUUGUAUUGACAGGGUUAUAGUUUUUUUACAACCCAGGCAGCAGAUUUUGGUUCAGGAGUAUUUUCUGCUUUUUGUAGUUGUAUCUUCCUGUCCCAGAAGUCUAUGCUUGGCCACGUGCUUGUUUUAAAAUACUGUCAUAUCAUGUAUCCUCAACGAUCUGGUAAGGAAAUCUGUCUCUCGUUGCUCUACAGAAAUUGAGCUUUGUAGACAGCCAAAGACUUCCCUGAACUCAAGAAUACAGUAUAGAAACCUGCCCUCAUGCCAAAUAUUUAUCAUUUCUAAUAGCUUCUUUCAAUUUUUUUUGAAGAAUAACAGUGCUUCCAAAUUUAAUUUGCCUUUCUUGUUGCAUAAAAGUAUUUUAACUCUAUGAACAUGUGAAAUUAUGUGAACAAUAUUAAAAUGUAAGACUACGUUAAAUGUAGGACACAUA